AUGGGAAACGGUGAGUCAACGAGAAGAAAGGCUGAGAUGCGUGAAAAGAAUGCAAAAGAUGAGGCAGAUGAUAGGCGGCGAAUUGUGGAAGAUGGUGAAAGAAGAAAAAGAGAAAUUGAAUUGCAUCAAAGAACAGUUCUCGCCCAAAAGCAGCAGAACGAGAGAGAAAUUGCCGAAGCAGCUGAGCGCAACCUGGCGGAGGUUGAGAGGAAAAUUGCAGAAGUUGAUGGGCUCAAACAAAAACAGGAAAUGGAACUUUUGGAGUGGCAAGCAACAGUUCAAGCUCGAGGAUCUGAAAUGAAAGCACAGUUGACAGCCGAAGGCGACGCCGUGAUUGCCAAACAGAAAAUAGAGCAUCAGGAGGAAUCGAGAAAGUUGGAGGAAAUGAAGCGAUCUCUGGAUGGACAACGAACGAAGCUGAUGGAAAUGCUCGAAGAGGGAAAUAAACGAAGAACUGACAUGCAAAAAGAACACAACGAGAUCACGACGAAGCAGGCGUUGGAUCAUCAAAACUAUAUUCUGAAUGCAAACGCCGAUCUAAACAAAUUCGUUUUGGAUAAACAGGAAGAGAAGAAAGCAUUGGCAGCAAGUGGCAGAGCUCAGAAGCAAGCUUUGUUAGAUGAAAAACUGGAGGUGCAACAAUUUAAAGCAAUCGGGGGAAAAAUUUUAAUGGACAAAAUAAGCUCUGCAAACUUACAAGAUGACGUGCAAACCAAGUGCCAGGGAAUACGCAUUUACUAUACCGCCUUCAAAAAUGCGUAUAGUGACCAGGAGAUGCCGUUAAAAAAGCUCAUAGCAAACAUGAAACGAAAUAAUCUAAUUACAACUUUCCCUCAGCCAAAAAUUGUUUACAGUACGUUUGACGCGCUAAAGAAAGAAUCUGAUCGAUUUUCCGUGCCUACUGAAUUUAAAAACCUAGAAAAGACCCUUGAGGAACUGAUCACCAAUAUCGAAACCAUUAAUGACUUGUUUGUAGACGUUGAAGGAUGCAUCGAAGAUUAUCAAAAAACCCAGAAAGAAACCCCUCAAAACGAAGAGAAACUCGAAAAAUUGCACAAAGAAGCGACAGAAACUUUUGAAAAAAUGAAGCAAACCAUAGGUGAAUUAAACAAAACCAUCAAAGAGCUCGAUAUUCCAAGAUCAAGAGCAGUAGACGACGAGAUCAACCAGCAAAUGGCAAAACUGUAUGGAGAUUCGCAGAAACAAAUCGCAGGAGGAUCAAGUGAAACUGCAGGUUACUUGCAAUGA